GCUGGCUUUCUUUACUACUUUUGUGUUUACAUUAGAUAUCCUGGUACUGAAUAUGGGGGCUGGUUUUUCUCGCCAGUACUCCAGUAAAGUCGACAAAAUCGGCCCCGCAGCAUCAAAACCUCCGCCUGGUCUUGCAGACUUGCCAGAAAGUUGUGUGGCCUUGAUUCUUUCAUUUCUUGACCCUUGUGAUGUUUGUGGAUUGGCGGUUUUGAGUCAAAGAUUUCGUCAAGCUUCUUUGGCUGAUACAGUUUGGGAAUCCAAGCUGCCCCCAAAUUACAAGAUUCUUGUGAAGAAGCUCUUUGUUGCUGAUGAUCAACAUCAAACUUCAGGUGAUCAGAGUACUGAGACAUCUAACUUCACCAAGAAGGAGAUAUAUGCCAGGUUGUGUCUGGCUCAUCGCUUUGCUGGUGACACCAUGGAAGUUUGGAUGAAAAAGAAUGGCGGCGGAAUUUGCGUUGCAAUUUCUUGGAAGGGGUUGAAAAUAACAGGUAUCAGUGAUCGCAGAUACUGGAAUUAUAUCUCAACCGACGAAUCCAGAUUCAAGACGGUUGCAUAUCUGCAACAGAUAUGGUGGGUAGAAGUGGAAGGGAAGUUAGAGUUGGAGUUUCCAGCAGGAACUUACGGCCUAUUCUUCAGGAUGCAGCUGGGAAGAACCUCAAAGAGACUAGGCAGGCGAGCGUGUAAUCUUGAUGGAGUUCAUGGAUGGAAUGUAAAGCCUGUCCGGUUCCAAUUAUCAACCUCAAACGGCCAGCAAGCAACAGCACAUCACUAUCUGAAAGAACCAGCUGCCCCUGGGGAAUGGACACACUAUCAUGUGGGAGAUUUUGUCGUUGACCACACUGACGCCUGCACUCCAACGAAGUUAAACUUCUCCAUGACUCAGAUUGAUUGCACACAUACUAAAGGCGGUCUUUGCUUGGAUUCUGUGUUCGUAUAUCCCAGAAAGCUUGGAGAAAGGAUUUGAAGCGUCAAGCUCAGAACUAAUCAUAUUAACCCGGAAAUAAGAGAUUUGUAAUAUACGAGGAUAGGAACUGACCAUCUUUGUGCAUGAUCGAUCUUUUCUUUUCUUCCCUGGUUGACCACUGCAGGUUUUUCGAAAGCAAGCAAAGUUUGCAUUUGGUGGUAUUUACAGUAAUAUGAAUGCGGGGCGGACCGUGAUUAAUGCAAGCAAGCAAGCGAAGUUUGCUUCUGGAGAAAGACGCAUUCUGGACGAAACAAGCUUCCACAAGCUAGGAGUAUUUCACGUUUGUAGUUUGUACAGCACAAGGCUACAAGUUAAGCGAAAUUCUCAAAGUGCACAAGGUUUUUAUUGUUUU